GAUUUUGCAUUUCUGGGGGAGAGACCUGUAUGUAAACAAUACAGAUCUCUCCCCUGUCAGCUUCUGCACAUUGCUUUGUAUGGCUCUGCAAGGCCAUACAAAGCAUGUUCUUACACAGUGAAACAGACACACAGCACAGAGUAAAACAGCACACAGUUAAGUUAACCCUUUCAUUGCCCCAGAUGUUAACCCCUUCCUGUCCAGUGUCAUUAGUACAGUGUCAGUGCUUUUUAUUAGCACUGAUCACUAUUAGUGUUACUGGGGAUGUCAGUGACAGUUAGUAAAUUCCCCCUCAGUGUCAGAAUGCCCACCGCAGUCCCGCUAUAA